CGGCACCUGGCACAGGAAGCUAAAGAGGGAACUAAAGCUGACCUGGAAGUGUUAAACUACUACAGGUAUCAGUUAAAUCUGUUUGCACGAAUGUGCCUGGACCGCCAGUAUCUUGCCAUCAACCAGAUCUCCACCCAGCUUUCUGUAGAUCUGAUUCUUCGCUGUAUGUCUGACGAAAGCCUCCCUUAUGACCUACGUGCCUCCUUCUGCCGUCUUAUGCUGCACAUCCACGUGGACCGUGAUCCUCAAGAAACAGUGGUUCCUGUGAAGUACGCCAGACUGUGGACAGAAAUUCCCACACGAAUCAGCAUCCAUGAUUAUGACUCAUUCACUGACUCUUCCCGGGAUGACAUGAAGAGGAAAUUUGCUCUGACCAUGGAGUUUGUGGAAGAAUAUCUCAAAGAGGUUGUGAAUCAGCCUUUCCCCUUU